AUGAUUAUUGUUUUCUUAGUAGAUGUUGGUGUUUCGAAAUUUCGAGAUGGAUAUUCUUUGUUGGAUAUCGCCAAAUUAGCGAUUCGAAGUUUUGUAAAGCAAGUGAAUAACGGAAAACAUGCAAAUAAUGUGAAAUAUAUUCUCGCAACUUCAGAUUAUCAUCAUCAUUGCCUGAAAACGGGGUUUCAUGAUCCAAUAAAUACACUUUUUGAACAACUUGAGCUAUUACUUCCUGUGGAGCCUUCUCUAGUUGGAAAUGGGCUUUCUUCAGUGUUCGAAUUGUUGAGUCUACGCAGAAUUACACGUCAUAUGGAUUCAUUCUAUAGAGGUCGAUAUGUUGAGCAUAAUGAAACUACUGGUAUAUUCUGGUUUACGGAUGGAAAGAAUCUUGACUAUUUGAAGACUACUCUAGACUAUCAGCUUGAGGAUAGAACUCCUAGUUCAAAUUUUUACACUGAAAAGUUUCGUUGGGAGCAAAAGCUUUAUACCUUUUUUCUCUCAUCAGAGACUUACGAAGUUCCCGAUAUAUUAAACGUUGCAAACGCUAGAAUGCGUGGACAAUUAUAUAGUGUACAGAAUGAAAAUGAAGUUCUGCACGCAAUUGGCAAUAUCCUUGGUACUCAGAAAGAUCCAUAUCCACACUCUAAAGAAUUGUACCCAUAUACCUUUUUUGCAACAUGUGGCGUAAUGGUAAACUUUGUUGAUGCAUGUAGUAAUGUAUCAACGGAUGAUGGUUGUCUUGUCCAAUUAUAUGUCGACCCAGCCAAACAUGAAGGAUAUUAUCCUAUUCCUGAAAAUAUUUGGAUAAAUUCCGAAAUAUUGAGAUUACCAAUGGACAAGUCAUCUUUGAUUCGUCGGACGGCAAUACCAAAGAUCUAUUAUUGGAAAGAGAAUGAUUUUUGUACUAAUACGCACGACGUACCAUCAUAUUUACCACGUGAUAGUUACGUAGUUUCGGAUUGUGAUAUAACUAGAGAGUUACAGAGUCAAAAGCCAGGAACAAAGUGGCCCGUGUUUGUGAAAGAUAGUGGUCGGGGGCCAGGAUUUGGUGAUUCUUUUGGUUACUUAAUUGCUGGAAAGAAGAAUGAGACUGAUAUGGAAGUUAAUCAAUUGAGACCGGAGCCAACAUUAGAGUGGAAAGUCUCCUUCGAAACUUACCGGAAAAAUUUACCUUGGUAUUAUUUACAGCCAUUAUCUAAGGUUUUCGCCGCAUGCAGUCUUGAUAGGACGGUCGAUAUUAGCCUUUUUACUAAACCAAAAACAGAUGGUCUUGAUACGUUAGUAAAUCAAAUAGUACAACAAUUCGCAAACCCAAAGUUGGAUGAAAUGCGAAAGGACAUUGUGGCAAAUCGUUGGAGCGUAACAAAGACGAUGCCGGGUGUAACAAGAACGGCACCAUUGCCAGAAACGAAUUAUGAUAUGAUGUCUUUGCUAGACAUAACAUCUACUAUAAGACGUGAAUUUCGGGAAUCACUUAAUACACCGAUCGAAACAGAUUCUGUGAAUUCGGUUGGUACUGGAGAUAUGGGAAAUUUUAAUAAGGAGAUAAUGAUAAAAAUGAUCAAAAAAGAUAAUUUUAGAAAUCCAUUCGAAGAAAAUAAUGCAGAUGCUAAAAAGAAAGAUGAUAAGCGAGCGUUUGGUAGUCCAUACAAAAAUCCUACUCAGAAACCACCAUACAAAUGGAGUCUGACAAAAAUGGCACCAGGUUUUCGUGAAAGAUUACCUUCAGGGUUAAAACCGAUUUCUUUUCAAGGGUUGCCGGAUCGAGGAAUACCUCCUUUCGUAAUUCUUCCUGGAAGACAAUUAACGACUACAAUCGGAUCUACAAUAACAACAAAAGUUCGGUCAAUAAAGUUACCGAAAUAUCCGUUCGAUGUAAAUAAUUCAAAAAUACAGGGUCACAAACCAGCCAGUAGAUUCAAUUUCAAUUCUAAACCACUUACUCCACCGUUGACCCCCACAAGUGGAACAUUUUCAUCGUUUUCACCAGAUUUAUCAAAAAUGGACCUAGACGAAAAUCGAACACUUGACAUGAGUUCAGAUUUGACAAAUGAUGAAGUUCAGACUAACGAUCCUAAUCAUUCUGAGUCACAAAUAUUGACGGUGAAUAAUGAUAGUUCGUCAGAAGUUAAAUCAGCCGAAAUGAAAUCUAUUUCAUUAAAUACUUCAGAAACUAACAUAUCAGUGGCGAAUAAAUCAACACCAAACAGUUCUGGAUUGGAAAUGCUCGCUUCGUUGAGCACUGCUUUGAAAAACCAAGAAGUAAUUGAUCCCUUAAUCAAUAAUUUAGAAGGAUUAAAUUUAACUAAUGCUAAUUCAAAGAAUUUUAUGGAUGAAAUGAAUAUCCCGCAGAAAGUUGCAUCGAUUGAAGUAGAACAUAACGUGCUAGAUAAGUCUAAUAAGGGCGGUACGAACGAGAUGCAAACUAAUCAUGUAUCCGAUGGUCGUGCUAGAAGUAUAAAGAGAAUAAUACGAUAUAGGCCGUUGAAAAAUUAUGAAAUAUUUGAUCUUCAUUCUUCCAAAUUUGCAAUUGAGUUAAGACAAAAAAUUCAAGCAGAUUUGCCAGUUUAUAAUGAGUCUGAUAUUAUUAAUCAAUUACGAGAAUUUGCCGAAUCAAAGAAUUACUCGCAGGAUUCUAAAAUUAAGUUUAUAAAAUCCAUAAAAGAAUUCGUUAAAGCUUCGCGGAAAAAUAAUCUUUUGAAGGAAGUCGAACUUAUAAUCAGUGAUCUAGAAACUGGUUUGUCUAAUUCAACUGAUCGUUCUAUAAAGAAGGUGAUAAUAUGA